CCGGCGCUCACCGUCUGCCCUGCUGUUGUUCCUGUCUCCCCAACUCGAACCAUCACAUCAAGGAAAACCAUGAAAGCUGAUGAGGAGCCUCCAACUCAUUUUCCUCAGUGCCCAGCUGGAUUAGUAAAGGGCAGGAGAAAUGUGGAGGUGAAGAGUAAGGAGUCCAGCAAUGAGAGGGUUGAGCUGACGGUGGGGGUGAAAACAUCCAAACCCAAAAUGUCAAUUGAGCUUUCUUCGUGUUUCUGUGAGGACAGUGGAGCAUGCGUGUGCAAAAAUGGCCUUUUUGACUCACCAUCAUCACUCUGUCUUUCACCGGGGACUGCUGCAGCGCAAACACAGAUGCAAAGCACAAAGCCCAAGGCCAGGACGCUGGUAGCAUGCAGGCAGCUGAUUGAUGGGAAUGAGACGGCGGCCUCUCUCAGGGACCAAUCUCCUCUGUCAUUAGUAACAUUCAAAGGGACUGUAAGUUCUGCAACCAACCCCAACAGGAACCCUUCAGUUCAUGCAUCCAUCACAGGACAAUCUUCAGUAUCAGCUGUUCAACAGGAUAAAGACCUAAGAUCAAGCGGGAACGUCACCAGAGAGGAAAACAGAGGUCAGUAUUACAGCGAGCUUUGCCUGCAGAUAGAGCAAAGGAAACAACAGACAGAAAGGGAGAGAAGAAGAAAUACUGUUGACGAACUAAAGCACCAUGAGACCAUGCAACAAUCCAUCUGGGGGAUGCCAGGAAGUGGUGCCCCAAACCACCACCGGGGCACAACCAAACGGACCAGAAGCCUUCUCAGCGCGGGGAUUUUACCCCAGGAGCAGAUCCGUGAUAAAGGCUUCAGCGGGACCCCCUUCCACUGCCUGUGAAAUGAAGACCAUAACAUCCCUGAGCUGAGACAGCUGAGAGCUACAGAGCAAUGGCGCAAAUAGUACUCUCUUUCUUGUUUACCUUUAAGUAAUGUUGUCGCCAUCAAGAUAUUUGGGCUAUUUCAGCAGCAAAUUCUGAUGGUGGAAUGCAAAUAAACUGAGACCAAGAGAACAAACACAUGAAGAGUUUUGGGAACAGAGAACAAGUGAGCCUUCUACUUACAGCUGCAUGUGUUGCUGCAUGAACAGGUGCCUGCAACAGCAACAUUCUUCACUCCCUACCAAGAAUGGUAGUCAGGUAGUUCCUGAUUUUUUCCCAGAAUAGAAAAAGCAUCUGAGAACUUAAAGAGGUGCUGAAUGGACUGCAUUUGAUACAGAAGAUAAUUUCUUAACUGUUAUAUAAAAUAGAAUCACAUGGUGCUUCAAGUUUUCAUAAAGUGGUACUAGAGCUGGGAUUUAGUAUCGCUUACAUAAAGUUGGGGGACUCAGAAAAGAUGGAUUUUAAAAAGAAUGGUCAAAAUUGAAGCCUGACUAGUAUGGACCAAACUUUACACUAUACUAUGGUCCUACAAUUCCCAUAAUGCAACUCUACUGUGUCUUGCAAUUAAAAGUUUCAACAACUUGAACGAUGAACUGAACAUGUUGUCACUGUAAACGACUCACGUCUUAGACCGAAUAUGUUGCUAAUUUGCUUAUUAUAGUGUUGGACAUUAGCCACAUUGUGUGAACUUCGAUACUUUGGAUUGUUUGUCCAGAAGGUUCCCUAAUUGAUCUUCAAGGUAAUUUCCAGAUAAUUAUACAGGGAAGAGAGAUGACUCAUCCUUGUCUAAUUGCAUGGCUUUGUUAAUAUGGCGUUAGCAAGCUCUUAAUUGGAACAGUUUUACGCAGACAUUGUGUGUGAGUGUAUUCAGUUUUCAUAGGUUAAGGGCCUUACUGUGCGGGGCAGCAGCAGCUUUCUUCUUCAGUGGGGGAGUAAUUAUGAUGUAGGGACAGUUAUAAGGGACAGUGAAAUACCAACGGUUGGAGCGUAGGCUGGCAAGUUUGGUAAUUAUACCGAGGAGUUCUGCAGACGACGUACUUUUUGGUUCACAGUUGAUUCAUGCAAACAUUGCACGCUAAAUGCAGAGAAACUAUUGAAUAAGCCAGAACUUGUGCUAGUUUUUAUUUUUUUAUUUCUGCUUUUACCAAUUUGUUUUGGCUUUUACCAUUAAGUUUGGUUAUUUGAUGAACGAGUAGAAGGCUAUAAUGUUUAAAGCUCCCUCCGACUGGAAUAAUCUACCUUUAAAUAUUCAGUCUGUAUCAUCUAAUCACCUGUCUUCUUAUUUUAGAAUCAACUGUACAUGUUCCUAAUUACAGUUGUACAUGUCCAAAAUAACACCUUUUAUAAUUUUACAAUCAUGUUUUGUAACUCUAUUACCUAAUGCUUUCACUAACUUGAGAACUACCACUCUAAACUAUGAAUGAAAGAUCAAUUUGCUCUGUUUGGAGUAUUAUCUGUUCUUGUCUCGUUGUUUAUUGUUCCUUUUCCCCUUUAAUUUUGUUUUGUCUCCGUAGGUUCUUGUUUGUUUUUGUCCAAUCUGGUUUAAUUGUGUACUGUUAUCUUUGUCAGUUUUUUGUGUGCAGUUGUGUAUGUGGUACUUCGGAGAUGAGAUGGUACCGCUCAAGGGUUU